CCUCUUAUCUGAAAAAAACGCCCCAAAAAAGUUGUCAAUAUACCCAAAAAUCAUCGUUGUCAUUGCACAGUAAGCAAAAUACCUCGUCUGCAUCAAUCAGUGGAGUGUGUCAUUUACCGUAAUCCCAACUCUUAGAAUCUGGAAAUUUUGCAAUUUGCGUGAAAUGGUUUUAGGUUAUGGCUGAGUUGAUGUGAUAAACUUUUGACAGCAUCUCAACCUCAAACCUAAAACCAUCAUGGCCCUAAAUGGAUUUGUGGAGUUUUUCCAGAAAGGCAAGACAUUUAGACCAAAGAAAAAGUUUUCACCUGGUACGCUGCGCUAUUCCCUGUAUAAGCAAGCCCAAGCCUCACUCAACUCUGGUAUUAAUUUGAGAGCCGUAGUGAAACUUCCACCUGGGGAAGAAAUCAAUGAUUGGAUUGCUGUUCAUGUCGUCGACUUCUUUAAUCGUAUCAAUUUAAUAUAUGGAACAGUAGCAGAAUACUGUUUGGAAACAUCAUGUCCAACAAUGUCUGGUGGACCAAAGUUUGAGUACCUCUGGGCAGAUGGUAACAAGUACAAGAAGCCCACUCCCUUACCAGCUCCGCAAUAUGUUUCCUUACUUAUGGACUGGAUUGAGACACAAAUCAAUAAUGAAAACUUAUUUCCUGUCUCCACAGAUAUACCUUUCCCGAAAACUUUCCUAGCUUUGUGCAGGAAAAUUCUUACAAGACUCUUCAGAGUCUUCGUUCAUGUGUACAUACACCAUUUUGACAGAAUAGUUGCAAUUGGAGCAGAACCUCACGUUAAUACAUGUUAUAAACAUUUUUACUAUUUUAUCCGUGAGUUCGAUCUUGUAGGCCCUAGAGAACUUGAACCUCUGCAAGAAAUGACUUCAAGGAUUUGUCAUGAUCCUUCUCCCUCUCCUGAGCCUGGCUCACAGACCUCAACCACUCAGUAGGUUACUGUGAUAUUUUUAAUGUUCACCUUUAAAUAAAUUUAAAAUACUCCCCUGUAUUGUCUAAAUUGCUUAUGAAAUUAAAUUUCAAGCUUUUAUGUUUACAAAAGAUUUUCCAAUGUAAUUCUUGGCAGAAUCAAUGUGCAAGUGUGAUUUUUAUUUGCCAAUUCCUGUAGUUUGAUUGCAUUUGGACAAAUACUAACUGGAAAGACCAAGGUAGGACUAAAUGCCUCAUAGGUACUAAAAUCUUCCAAAUGUACAGAAAGGUACUGGUUCUGAGUCCUACUUUUGUUUUUCUGGUCUUUAUGUCAUGGGUUUUUAUCGGUAUAAAUAUUUCUGUAGCCUUGCAUCAGUAUCACUUAAAGUGAAGAAUUCAAAAUGAUAAUUCUUAAAACUAUAAGUUUUGAAGUUUGUUAGUUUUUUUUUUUUUUUUUUCUUUAUAAAAUAGCAAAAUGAUGUUAUAUAAGCUGGUUUCAGCUCUCUAUAAUUAUGUUUAUUAUUUAUUUGGCACCAAAUUGGUUUAGAAGACCUUCAGCUCAACAUGUGACACACCUAUGUUGUAAUGGUAUUUUAAGAAAGGCUUUGAUUGGUAAAAUCCUAUAGUCAUACUAUACUUUCAUAAAAUAUUUAGUGAAAGGUGACUAAUAAAUUCCGAGUGUUUAUGGGGAUACAGGUUUUUUAUUCUAUCUUGACAACAAAUAUGGAUUGUGAGAACGUUUACUGAUGCCAAAGUACAACAGGCUAUGUGCCAAGUUACCAUAUUAUUUAUCUUAUUCUAUCAUUGUUUGUAAAGUUGUGUUUUGUGCAUAGUAAUUAAGGUUGUAAUUUGUUUAUAGCCUUAAUUAUAGCUUUUGGUGAUAUUUAUCAUAACAUUGUCUUCAAUGCUUUAUCUCUCAGUGUCAUACACUGGUUUACCACGGUGUCAUAACUUAUGGAUUUUUUGGGUGCUUCAUUUUUUCCACAAUGAACUGAAAUGUGUGUCCAUGACAUAAUUGAAUGACAUAUUAAAUGAAAUGACCUGUGCCAAUUAUACUGUAUGUCUUUUCAGCACACUGAAAAGAAAUGUUAAUUUUGAGACAGAAUUUUCUGAGGUUUUGAAUGAAUAUUGAUUUGAUUGAUUACAAAUGCCAUGCUCGGACUUUAACAAUUUUCUGUGUUCUGUUUUUAUGAAAUAUUGCUGUCUACAUUUUAAUUUUUAAUACUGGUUCUUAUUUUUAAAGGGUCUUAUUUUUUUUUAUCUUCUUUUUUCAAUUGUAAUGCAUGAAACUGCUCUUUCCUUGGUAGUAGCUGUGUUUAAGUUGUUGUAUACCUCUCCACUAUUAUGAUUUUAAAUCAUGUUGAAUCCAACAUGACUAUUCAUAUGGUUAUGCUGGGCAGUAGAACUUCCACUCUUGUACCAUUCACCAGACUCAGCAUGAUAAACCAUGUUUGUUUUAAUUGCAAGGUAUUAUUUUGGGUAAUGUGUUGUGAAUGGGGUUCAAUCCCUCAGUGAUUUAAGUUAAGGUGAAUGUAUUAAUCUUCUAUCUUACCUAUCAUUGGAAAAAUUCUCAAGUCAUAUAGUGCCCCUAUUAUAAGACUUAGAGGCCAUUAUUGAGGCCAUUGAGGCUUGUCUCAACUGCUUGGACUUUUGUUUAAAUGAAUUCUAUUGUAAGACGCAAACUCUUCAAAAAUGUGGUUUGACAUCUUACGUUUGUAAACGUUUAAGUCAUGUUGCAUUUUUUAAAAACAGAUUGUAUUGCAAAGUUUUGCUGAAAAAUUAACUGAUAAACUGUUUUGUUGUGGCUUUAAUAAAAGUGAAUGUAUAUUCCUGGUGAA